CUUUUAGGCCCUCCUCUCCUCAUGAGGAAGAAACCAAAGAAACCGAAGAAGCCUUCUCCUUCAAAGUCUCGCGGUUCCAUUUCUCCGGUUCCGUCUUCCUCUCCCGUCUCGAAAAACAGUGAUGGAUCUGGCUCGCCGGAUUCUGCUUCCACUUCCAAAUCUAUUGCCCAAUCGACUGUCUUAGUGACGGACUUGGCCAAUUCCACCUCGGAUCUGAAACCCUCAACAGUGUUAGAUCCAGUUUCAAGUGUCGCCUCUGACAUUGCUACUGUUGUAGCUCAUUCAGGGCCGUCGAUUUCACCAGAGGAGCCGGCUAUUGCCGAGGUCACUACUCCCCUGUCAUCUGCUCCGGUGCUUGCUGCCAUUCCGGCGACCACAGAAACGAUUGCUGCUCCAAGCUCUAUGCCUCAGGUUUCGUGGGUAGACCAUGUUAAAGGCACAGCGAAGGGAAAAGGACAGCUCCUCCUAAGAAAAGGUACCAAAAACGUUCCCUUUCAAAGGAUCCGGUUGUGGGACAGAGGCGAGGGAAAGAGUUAAGGCAUGAUAUGGUGUAUGUCCCUAAGGCGAUACAACCAGCAGUAAUUGCCAAUCCUACUGCCAAGGCGUUUGAGUUUAAUGCAAUUGAGAAAGGAUCAUGUUCUGGUAAGGGAGUUAUUACCCAGAAUAAAGAUCAGACACCAUC